GGUGGAGCGGCUCCUCCCCGCUGCCGGCAGCGGGAGUCGGCUGGAGCGGCGCGCAGGGGGAGUAGCCGGCAGCAUCAGCGCCUGGACACUGCGGCUCCCCAGGUCACAUUAUCUAGGUACAUCAAUGAGGAGUCCAGGGAUGGCUGUGUUCAAACAACAGAAGGUGGAAGACGUUUAUGAAAUUGGGGAAGAGCUAGGAAGUGGCCAGUUUGCAAUAGUGAAGAAAUGCAGAGAGAAAAGCACUGGAGUGGAAUAUGCUGCCAAAUUCAUUAAGAAGCGUCAGAGCCGGGCCAGCCGCCGGGGGGUGAGACGUGAGGAAAUUGAGCGGGAGGUGAACAUUCUGCAGCAGAUCCUGCAUGCCAACAUCAUCAAGCUGCACGACGUCUAUGAGAACAGGACAGAUAUGGUCCUUAUCCUCGAGCUAGUGUCUGGAGGAGAACUUUUUGACUUUCUGGCACAGAAAGAGUCUCUGAGUGAGGAGGAAGCAACCAGAUUCAUUAAGGAGAUUUUAGAUGGUGUAAACUACCUCCAUGCCAAGAAAAUUGCUCAUUUUGAUUUAAAGCCCGAAAACAUUAUGCUUCUAGACAAGAAUAUUCCUAUUCCACACAUAAAAGUCAUUGACUUCGGCCUAGCCCAUAAAAUAGAAGAUGGAGUUGAAUUUAAGAAUAUUUUUGGGACACCCGAGUUUGUAGCUCCAGAAAUAGUGAACUAUGAACCACUUGGGCUAGCUGCAGAUAUGUGGAGCAUAGGAGUCAUCACCUACAUACUGCUCAGUGGCGCAUCCCCUUUCCUUGGAGAAACGAAGCAGGAAACUCUCGCCAACAUCACAGCCGUGAAUUACGAAUUUGAUGAGGAAUUUUUCAGUCACACCAGUGAUCUGGCAAAAGACUUUAUCCGGAAACUCCUGGUGAAAGACACGCGGAAACGGCUCACAAUUCAAGAAGCUCUCACUCAUCCUUGGAUAACGCCAAUGGACAAGCGGCAGGCCUUGGUGAGGCGAGAAUCUGUCAUUAACUUGGAAAACUUCAAAAGGCAAUAUGCCAGAAGGCGAUGGAAGCUCUCUUACAGUAUUGUCUCACUGUGCAACCACUUAUCUCGCUCACAGAUGAGAAAGGUCUCACUGAUGCAGGAUGAAAGUUCGAGAAAUUGUGAAAGUGACCAGGAAGAAGAUCUUUCCCAAAGAAAUGGCACUCAUCUGAGGAAAAGCAGCAUAUUUUAGUGUAUCUAGUAUUCCACACUAGAGAGACACAGGAGGAAAACCUCACCCUGGCUAAAAAUGCAGCCCUAAGAGCAAAUCUGGUUUAUGGUCAGAUUCAGUGAUGAUGUGCUGCUCACUUUUCAAAUUACACAGAGCACCUGCAUAAUAUUUUUCAAGAUCCGCUGAAAACUUACAAAACUGGGGAGUCCGGAUUCCCUGAGAAGUGCGGCAGCACCGACACCGUCGGAAUAAUUUUACUUGUAGAGCUUUUCAUUCUUCUUUGAAUUCAUCUGUGAACUGUGAUAUCACCUGUAUCCAGAACAUUGUGUUUUUACUGACAUUCUCUUAAGUGUAGCGCAAUUCACAUCCUGAGCCACAUAUACGAAUGUGCGUAUUAAUACCAAAGGAUCAGCCUUUAUGGCAGUGAAGCUGUUAUUGCUUCUUAAGCAAACUUUUACAAAUAAUUUUUAUCAUUAUUAUUAGUAACACAGAUACACACAUCUGAGAGAGGUCUGCAAUAAUACCGCUAUCCUUGUCAUGAUGAAAAGUCAUCGUGUUUUUCCAUUUUAUCAUCGAAGGCUCUAGCCUGAUGGCACAGAACUGGCGUAAGGAGUGGACCUGAGGGAAUUUUUUUUGCAACAAACAGUAUGCAUUUUUCAACAAACUGAAACUAUUCACAGAAUCAACACAAAGGGCUGCAUAGUUUCAGCAAAAAAAAUUUUUUUUCCCAAAGACUGAGAUGCCAUUGGCAAAAGACAGGGAGAAGUGGUGGUACCACCGUUGCUGUCUUCCUUAUAAGCUUUAGCCUGGUGGUUAGGGCACUCAUGGCAAACCCGGAUUCAGUUCCCCCUUCUACCUGAGGUGGAGAAAGGAUUUGAACUUGGGGCUCCCUCGGUGCAGAAAAGUGCCCUAGCCACUGGGCUAUGGACUAUUCUGAUGUGGAGCUCGCUCAGUUUCUCCUGUUGAAGCAGUUUUUACAGUGUAUAAAUAAUGAAAUAGUCAUUGGAGCAGGGAUUUGAUCUGGGGUCUCCCUCCUCCACUGGCUAUAGAGUCGGUCCCAUACUGUCUGCUUGGACCAAUGACUAUUUGUGCUUUAUACUAGGGACCAUUCUCUACAAAUCUGUGAAAAUAAGCUCUACACUGGUAUAAUUGCAUCCACACUAGGGGGUUGCACCACUUUCACUAUAUUGGUUUCUAAGCCAAUAUAGUUAAAUUGGUACCAAAGUAUGUGGAGACCAACCCUUUGUUUUGGGUUUGAUGUAGCUAAAACCACAAAGCAAAAUCAGCUGAAUUAACUGCUUGUUCUACAAAAUUUCACCUGAUUUGAACGGUUUUGUAUCAGUCAUCCCAAGCUAGAGAUUUUAACAGGUUAGAGUUGCAAGUUUGUAUUAAAACAUAACACCAGGUAAAUUUUGCCUGGCUUCAGGUUUCACUGUGAACAUUUUGCAAAGCAUUAAAAAUCAAAUUUGAGUCAUAGCUUUAUAUCCGAUUUUAAGUGGGGAUAAAAACAUGCAUAGCACAUGCAUCAGGAAGAAGUAUCCAGCAUCCAGGAAGAAAGAGUAGCAUAAGUGGAAGCAGAAAGGAAAGUGUGAAGGAAGAGGCACAAUGGUAAGCAGGUGGGAAAUUAUCCAUGAGGAGGAAUGACUGAAAGGGAUAGCUAGGAAGGGUAAAUAAAGAACUGGGGAGGUUAGAAAAGACUGGAGGAGAGAAGGGAAAAUAGAGUAGGAGGAUUACAAAGGAAAGGGAUGGAAAGCAGAGUGUUUCCACCAAAUGUCAGACCACAGUCUGAAGCAGUUGAUGUAAAAAAUAGGCUACCUCAUGUUCAACAAUGCUGUAGACCAGGGCUAAGUCUAUGGUGAUCCUCAGCCUGUAAAGCCUUGUCUUCAUUAGGAUGAAAAAGUGUAUUCUGAAUUUGCGUUAGCAAACACAAGGUAAAACCCUCGUGAAGACCAGGCAGUUUGUUUGCACACGUUAGCUGGCUGAGGUUAAGACUACAUGGCUAUCUAGGGUUUAUCUUGAUCUGCUAACUCAUUUUAAACUACAAGUGCCUUGUCUUUACUAGGAUUUUGCCUUGUGAUAGCUAAUUCAAGUUAAUAUACCUUUUUUUCCUAUUGAAGACAAUACCUAACUGACCAAUUGCAGAGUAUCAGAAUUAUGCAGCAAUCUUUUUAUCUCUCAUCUAGAUUUCUACAGUACUUUCUUAGCUACUCUUGACUUCCCUUACCUUGUUAGACUUGUCCAGAAGUCUGAUUCUAAACUCUUUGAGAUGGAGCCUCAGAUGGCAUAACUUGUCCUAGCUCCAUGGAAGUUAAUGGAAUUAUGGCAAUUUAAGACCAGCUGAGGCUCUGCCUCAGUGUUUCUACUGUGUUUCCGUGCUCUCUCAUUAGCCUCAGUGACUGGCAUUGUCUUGGUAGCUCCUUUUUCUUUUUCCCCACAAAGAAAUAAGUGCUACAUCUUUGUUUUUGUUACAAGUUGCUUCCAAAAAUUCACUUAUCACAGCAGUAAUGCCUGCUUCCCAACAGUGAUGAUAGUGGAGGAAACGCUAGAUUACUGAGAGCUAGAGAGACAUUGUGCAUGACAAAUCUGAACCAGCACUUAGAUACUAUGCUGAUAGGCCACUGUAGAAAAGUCAAGGGUAGAUGAUUGGAAAUAUGGACUUGAGCCUUGUUCGGAAUAUUUGUUGUAAAAUCUGAGGUGGCUUCCCUACAUUUUUUAAAAAAUUAACUUAAUUCUGCUUUGAUCAACUGUUCCCUGAGUACUAAGCCUUGUUUUUAAUUGAGGACAACUGCCUUCUGAGUUAGACCAGGUACUGCAGCAGCAUCUGAACACCAGAAUGGCAUUGUGAGGAACGCUGGAUCUGGCUUACUUGUCAGCAUCACUUUGCAGAACAAACACUUCUCUUUGCACUUUUUAUAUUGAAGAGUCAGCCAGGUACCCAACAGAGCAAUGUUUCUACCCAUUUACUUCUUUGCUUACUCUCUGCAAUUCUCUGUGUGUAUAAUAUUUAAUAUCUCCCAAGUUAAGGUAAGUUUGCUAAUGAUUACAGUUUAGGUCACUAAGAAUUCGUGUUUAUUUCGGUGUGCAAGGAGUUUAUUUUUGUGUUCACUUCCAGGAGAGGGAUAUUUCAUGUAUCCGAGCCACUUGGUCAUAUAUGCAUGUCCUUAAAACCAUCCUUAACUAUUUUACACUGUUUGUACAGCAGUAUGUAUUAUAUCCGAUUCUUCAUCUCUCUCAUCUUCUAAAGUCCUGAGCUGUUAUCACUUUUCUAAUAAGGUAUCCAGACAGUGAGUAAUUGCUGAACACUGGCAACAAUGCACCUAUAUCACAUGGACCAAGCAAAAUAUCAAUUCUGUUUUUAUGCAGAAUUCCAGAUAGCCCAAUUGACUAUUAAGGAUGAAAGGGGAUUAUAAUAUUACUUUAACAUAAAUGGUACAAAUUCAAUAUUAAAACCUAGGUUUUGAUAAAUUAUAUUGUACAAUCAUACUGAGGACUUUCAACACUGUCCGUAGUGUGGUCAUAUGUUGUAAUAUACUACACUCAAAUAUAUAUAUAUAGUUUUAUUAGCUGUUGUGCUGAUAUUUUAAUGUAUGAUUGCAUUAUUAUUAUUGUUAUUUUCCAGGUUCCACAUCUUAAAUUAUAUUUGCUCGUCUACUCACUCACCCAAUUCCUCUGUGUUUACAAGCUAAUGGAGACCAAGUCUUCAGUGUAUCGUUCAGUUACCUAUUUUUAUAUUUUUUU